UGAUUAACACCUGCGAUUCUCUGUCGCAAGUAAACAAUUGUUGCAUCUGACAUAAUAAAAAAAUCGCGAUUCGCUACCCAGAGGUAUUGGGAACGUAUUACAGACGAAAUAAAUAGAAGGGGGAAGUAAUAAUGGCUUUUAGAAUACAAAAAACCGUUGCAUUACUCUACGAUUCAAUUCUACAAAACACAAAACGCCUCUGUCAUAAAACCGCCAUAAAUGCAAGGCAAGAGACCAAAACCGAAUAUGUCUUUGACGAUGAAGUUCUGCUUUCCAAGGAAAAUCAGCAGAGGUGUUUGGAAAAAAUGAAAGCCUCAGCACCAAUAGGUGUUCAAUUAAAGGGAAAUCAAAAUGAAAAGUCCUUCGCCGCAGUACUGAUAGCAAUUUGUACCGACGAGAAUGGGAGAAAUCCUUCGAUACUCUACACAAGAAGAGCGCGAACACUGAGAAGGCACAUGCGACAAAUAUCCUUCCCCGGAGGUAUACAAGAUGAAAAUGAAGACUUCAUUACAUGUGCCCUAAGAGAGACCGAAGAAGAAGUGGGUCUGUGUCGGAGUCGAGUGGAAAUCUGGGGUACAGGAAGUUUAAUGAAACCUCCCCAUACUGCUGCCAUAAUGCCAGUAAUUGGCUCUGUUAGGAAUUUCAAGGAAAGUGAACUGAAAUUAAAUGUUGACGAAGUAGAAGAAGCCUUCACUGUGCCCAUUAGUCGUUUGGCCCAUCCCCAAACACUGCACUAUACACAAUUCAAGAGUGGCUACUCUGCGCCGGUGUUUAUUGUUGACGAUAAGAAAAUCUGGGGCAUAACAGGUUUUCUAACAAAUGCCUUUCUCAAUUGCUUCCUUCCACCAGAAAUGAACUAUUUGAAAAAUCGCGUAAAAUACAUUAGACCUGUAAAAGUAAGUGGCGACAAGAAGUAAUGAACAAAUUGGAAUUGCCAUUCAAAUUUAGCUAAAUUGUUAUAUAAAGUUUUGUACAAAAAAAGUAGCAAAAUAUAUUUGUUUUAAUGUGUUCAA